CAAAAUGGAAAAACCUAGCAAUGACAAUUUGAGGAGGCUCUCUAUGUACUUUUCAGGCAAAAGUCUGAUUCAGCCACUUGUUAAGGUUACUCCUGAGUUGAAGAAAAUCGAGGAAAAGCAUCAGAAGAAGUUAAGAAUGCUGCAGAAGAAACCAUCGACUAGGAGCCCUCAUGGAUGUGAUUUUUUGAGUCCAAAGAAAUUGCCCAAAUCUCCAUUUAAAUAAAGAAAAAGAUGAACCUGAGAAGAUCUUAAGCCAACAGUUUGAGCUUGAUGAGACUUUCGCACACAAGGAGCCAAGCGAAUUCCUCAUUUUUGAAACUUCUCAAAAGAACAAAAGCGUAGCAGUCAAUGGGGAUAUAUCUGGCAUAAGAAGACCUAAACCAUUGCUGAAUAAAUUAAAUCUGAGUGUGGUUACUAACAAAUCAGUCAAAAGGUCUUCAAAAAUCUCUCUUUCGGUAAAUGCAACACCUGCACGGAUACAUACUGGCAAAAUGGGCAGAUCCUUUAUUAAAAGGCAACAGAAAGAUGACACAGCAGAUAAUAUAUCCGGUGUUAUGUAUUACCUUCCUGAGAAAGGAGGAGGGUUCAAGUGUGAAAAUGCUCUCAAUUUGAUUCCAUUAAACAUGCAACCUAAUAAUAAUACCUCAGAAAAUGAGGACUUUCUAAUUUGAAAAGAAAAAGCUGAAAAAUUGCUAAAGUCAUUGCAAGAUCGGAACCCAGAUCAAAGAAUAAAAGAGCUAAGUGUGCAGGUAUUUGGAAUGAACAGGAUACCUGAAAAUUCAAGAAAAGCAGCAUAUUUAGGAACAGAAUCAUUCAACGAAAAGCGAGACAGCCACGAUCCUCACGGCCAUGUUUACUCAAAAGAAGUCCUCAAAGCUUACAAAUAAACUCCAAGAUUUUGACAUAGGAGCCCCUAUCCCAGCCCUCGCUUCUAAAACAGGCCCCCAAAAAGCCACCUACGACCUCGAAACAGUAGCUAAAUAACCACUGAAGGGCUGUGUGGCAAUGCAGGAGGAUAACCAGGGCUAUGAACCGGAAACAAAGGAAGCGCAACCAGAACCAGUCGGUUGCGGUCUCUGAGCUGUCAGAGAUGAGUUUUAACAAUAAUUCUUCAGUGGACAAGUUGAUUGAUGAGGAGGUGGAGAAGUUGAAGGUUAAGUAUAAGAUGAAGAGGAGAGGGGGCUCAGCACUGUAUGGAGGAGAGAGACAGAAGGCAGCAAGGCCUUUAAGAGGCAGUUAUAGGAUGAGUGGGGGAGGGCUGAGGCAGAGUAGGGAAAAUCAGUCUGGUAGGUUUAACAAGGAUUUUGAACAUGAUAUCAUGUUGGAUGCUAGUGAAUUUGAUAAGAAUUCCCAGACCUUUGUUAAAGUAAGGAGGCCUAAUAAAGGCUCUUUGCUGGAAAAGUGUCAAAAGAUUAUACAAAUGAGCAAGCACGAGCAUUCUAGCAAGCCUCAAAAUUUGAAUAUCAAAUCUUGUACAAGUUCUGUUGAAUAUUUUAUCAAACAGUAUGAUAAAUUGCAUCAGAACAUAUCAAAUGCAAUAAAAAAGGGAGCAUAUGCAAGGAGGAGAAUAUAUGAGUCUUAAAUAACUUACAAGUUAUCUUAAAUAGUUACCCA